GAUGCGGUCUUGCAAAAUGCUGAAGUUCCUCUAGAAGUCCGAAAGACUGCUUUCAGGAGCGAUGACAUUAAGGCCUUGGGUCUUCUAUUGACAACAUCUGGAACUUUCUUUAGCAAAACGACACAAAGGAACCUGUUUUUGGUGCUGUCUUCUUACUACAAGAUAUACUCGCUCUUCAGAGCUUGUGCUGUUGCCUAUGGACUCGGAUAUCUGUUCAGCAAAGUCGACCAAGUCGCUGGCCUGCCGAAUCUUCUAGUUACGACGCUAACUAGUCUUUUUUUGAACCACCAGAAGCACAACUUGUAUGCCAGCCUUAUUUCCACUCUCGGACUCCCUGAGACAGUGGCAGGGAGCUUGGGUGGAUUUAUUCAACAAGACAUGAGUCGCACUGACAGCUAUACCAACUCCUCUGUCAUGGCGUCACUCAAAAACGCGAUGAUAACGUUAACGCGGGAUGUACUGGAUCCGCGGAGUAUAGCGGAUCUAAUAGAUAUGGCCCUCAUGCCUGCGGCGCCUUCAGCUGUGCAGCUAAUCCGUUUUUCCACUGACAAAAUUGAUGUAGCCAAGUUCAAGAAAAAGUUUCCGUUCGCCUUCGGUCAGAAACACACGGAAACUAUUGCACACGCCUUUACGGAAGAGAUGCGGAAGCCCGGGACGCCUUAUUAUAAAGCACUACAUUCCCUGCAGUCUAUUGCACUUCCCAUUUUGGCCGGUCAUUGUGCAAACCACUGGGAUACAAUUGUGAACUCUCAGGUGUAUCCACUGAUGCAGGGCAUCAGCGUCAAGGCCCAGGAACUCAGUAUUUCUCUGAUGAAGCACUAUGCGCUCAAGUUGCCAAGUCUGCUCGAAAUGUCGAACAGAGAUGUCGACUACAGGGCAUUCAUUGCAACUAACUGGGGACCCAUGGUGGGAGCUCUAAGCAACUGGGAAGCUAAGGAUGAAUUGUAUUCAAGCCAUGGCCUUCACUGGCGAAGCGCGUGUAGAAUAAAACAAAUGUAUCUAUUGUUUUUGCAGCAAGUGGGGACGAUAUCCUUUCUGCAAAGAGAGGCACAGUUUCCUACACUCAGAUCGGGGCAUGGGAGCUGUAUGAGUCAGUUCGUGGCGCGCCUCCAGAAAUCAGGCAGUCCGAUGCUGAAGGCUAUUUUGGACCGGGUCAACCUGCCACAGUUUUUUCUUACUUGGGAGUUAGUCCAUAAGUGCUUGUUAGACAUUGAUGACCAGGCCUGCUCGAGACUCCCUGUGUACUUCACCUCUUUAUCCGAUACCAGGCUUACGUUGUCCAUUUCAGACGAGGCGGUGCCGCUGGAAUUCGAGCUGCUGGAGCCUCCAAGUAUGCGUAUUGUAAACGCACUGAAGUCGUUUCCGAAAACAGUCCGGCCCGAGCGAUCAGCUUUUGGCUAUGCGGGAAAAAUGCGGCUUGCCGUUUACCCUAGGGGAGGGCUAUUUACGCGCAUUCGCAAUAGUGUGAUCACUAGAACUCAGCAACUUUUGUCACCCUUCCUCACCCUCUCCAGUCUCGCUGGACAGGCAUGGAGGCUUUUGCUCCAGCGCCUUAAGAAAUCACACGGCCCCAAGAUUGUGUUAUCCGUGAAGCAAACUCCAGGACUUCCGGGCUGUGUGGCUGUAGUUUUACGUUCAAAGAGAAAAGUUGUUGAGCUGAGAGUCCGGCCACUGCACCUAUUACAGGGGAUAGAUCCUAUGAAUUGUGCGGCUAGGAGAGGACCAUUUCCUACCAUGGAUGGGAUGCCCUUUCAGUUGGCCGGUGCAAGAGGAAUAAAGGAUACCAUCAAUUACAUUAAAGAAUGGCACAGAGCUAAAAAGCUUCUCAAGGCUGCUUACCAGGAAGCAAACGACUUGGAAAUACAGCAAGACCUUUCACCUUCUCACAGCGAAGACCGCAGGGACCUUGAAAUAAUGUUGAAACGGAAUGGUGUCAACGGAAUGCCAUUCAAAGAAUCGUGGGCGCUCAUUUUAAACAGCACCGAUGGCAUGAUGAACAUCCGGUGGGAAGUACUAGAUCUAGAUGCCUCAAGUGAUCAAGAGAUGAUCGUGAAGGCUUAUGGACAGGAGUUUGGGAAUAUGGCGGCGCUGGCUGUCGCAGCUGACGAAGAAUUGAAAGCGUCUGUUGAAUUGGAUCAUGUAUUGAGGAGGAUGAAAAAUAGGUUAUUUGACUACUCAUAUAAGCAAACGCUGUAUCUUGAAAGCCCAGGUGCUUUCUUGCAACAAUUUCUCAUGAAGGGCGACGAGCAGGAUGUUGCCGCCUUUGAGCAGUGGCUGUUGCGCCGACUUCAGGGCAAUUUUCGAGGCAAGACCUGUCGAGCGGAAUCUUUUUAUGGGAAAGCUUUCGCUCAGUACUCCGAUUUGGUUGCCUAUUAUGACAGAAAAGACCCAACUGCCGUUGUACCCGACUUAGAAGAAGCAAAACGUUUCCUCCUUAUUAUAAGCCUCCCGAAGGGCCACCUCAUACGUAUAAAGAGAGAGGACGAUUCAACCCAUAGCGGCGUCUAUAAACUGGUGGAGCGAAUUGAUAGGUGUACUUUUCUUCUCGAAGAUGCAAACGGCAUUCAAGUAACUACUGACGGCAUCCUACACACUGUACGAAGUUUUGAGGACGGAGACCAGGUUUCUCACGAAUAUGUUCAGCGCCGUCGUUUUUCCCUGACGGAGGCAAAUGGACCCUCAGGUGUUUGCACAAUUCGAGACAGAAAUGGGUAUCAGUUCAAGCUCAGAUCCACGGAAACGACUCCGAUAUGUGUUGGCCAUUUCUCUCACCACAGCACUAGACUGCAAGGCGGUUUGUAUUCUCUUUCGGAUCCUAAAGCAGCAUACAAUAGUCUUAUGGAUGCGAAAGCCAAUUACGUUGUUGAAAUGGAGAUAGAACAAACCAUUAUGCAGGACUGUUAUUCGGGCCUCUCCUGCGUCGUUAGAGAUGACCGAGAUCUACCCAUCAAGGUGCACUACGCCAUCCCAGACGAAUUGAUGUAUGAGUGGGCGGGUACCUGGCUUUGGCUCUUUCUGAAUGGUUUGCACUCGGAAUACUUGAGCAUUGUAUCAAAUCGGCAGUACGUUAGAUCAAGAGAAGAUGCUUUCUGGAUCCAGAGGACUGCAGAUGAGUUGGAGAAGUCCUGCUGGGAUCUGGAAGACGAAGCCGCGCUAUCGUUGAAUCGAGACUUUCUCGCGCCAGAUGAACCCAGCUUGAUUUCUAGGAUCGGCGUUCCGAAGGUUUCUUUAGUAUCUUCAUUGUCACCAACGGAGAGAUUUUUCAUGAAGCAAACCGCUAGAAUGGUGUCUCGCAUGUCAUCGGCGGCAUACUUGCUUCGGCGAGAAAGAGAAGAAUCUGCUCUGUUUGCUCUGCGGCAGCACUUUAGGAAGAGGAACUGUGGACGCGAUAUAUCUUGUGCCUCUUGGUGGCUUAAAGCAAGGGAGCUGAGGGGCGCGGUAAUCUUGUUCUCAGGAAAGAAAGCUCAACGAAUGACUGCAAAGCGUGAGGAAUACUUUUUGAUAGAGGCAUACGAAAAUACCGGAUUGACACAGUAUUGGAUUCGGCGCGUUUGUUCGAUGCAACAGAGUUUUGGGCGAUUGUUUUCGCGUCUACGGCUCCCCGAAGAAGCUGACGGAGUUGUUCCUUGUUCAAGUGUUUCUGCUUUUGUGAUCCUGGCCACAAUAAUGAGCGAUAUUACUCUUUUAAUGAGAAGAAGGGCAUUGGCUGUAGCUAAGCAGCGUAUGAUGAACACAAGAAAGGUCCUCAGCUUCCUCGAUGGCCGUGAACUCCCUCGCCCUUGCCACAGUGAUCUGCUUAAUGCAGCCGACCUCUUGCGGCACGUAAGAAAGCUAACUACGACCGAAGAGUGCGAAAGUCAUGACUCUCAGAACAACUACUUCCUGUAUCUCAAGUCUCAGGUUGACGCCGUACAUGUGCAGGUAGAUGAUGUCAUUCAGCACAUCCGCCGUCGCUUUUCUUCGACGCUGGCCUCUCGCCUAUCCCCUCCUUUCAUCUCCACUAAUGAAAAUGCAUUUCGCCACCAGGCCGCUGAUAUCGAAGCCAUGGAUAAAGAAAUCUCGGAUUUAUAUGCUUCUCUAUUUAGGCCUUUUGAAGUUUGGCAGGGCACAUUUCGACACAGGCAAAGAGAAGAGAUGCUUGACAUUAGAAUGCAGCAGCAAUGCCCCUUUAGGGCUCCCCGCCCAACCAGACAUGCAAGAGAAGAUGUCUACGGUCGAUAUGUUCCAUUAAUUCAAGGCUUUUUCCCGUUUGGAUACGAUGGCAAGUCUCUUUUCUGUGCAUAUCUUGUGUUAAUAGGAUUUCGUUUUUGUAAUUAUGCAUCAGAUGCGGAGUACAGUAGCAUAGAGGAACGAGCCACUCGCCGGUACAAGCAAACGGUGCUAUUGUUUACGGGCCUCUUUUUGCUUCAAGUAGCCGCCCGGGGAGAAGACUUUGCCCGAUCCAUGAUACAAUUUAUACACAGUGAAGCGGCGACGGAAUCAGUCUUCAAAGAAUCAACUUGGCCAGUUCUUGCGUUCCUCCAGCGCCAAACAGUGACGUAUGAUGGGGAUUCAACGGAGCCUUCAGAUGAGCAUUGCGACGUACUGAAGCAACUAAGGUGGGGGAUCGACAAGCUUGGACUGAAGAAUGGACAAAAAACGGUUUCCGAGGCUAUAGAAGGUUUAAUGCGAGAUCCGAACUUUGCCGAAGUUAGCAGCUUCCUCCCACCUCCUGUUGAGGGUGUGGAUGCCGAGGCCUUUCCUGUGGGUUUUCUGCGCAUUCAACGUGGACCGACUGCGCAUUCAACUCUGGUGACGAUGAGCGGAGAUGCUUUAUUUGGCGACAUGUCGAAUGCAAACAGCUUUAUUAAGCACUUCACUGCAGACGUAAAGGGAGGGCUCGGACAAUCAAUGAGGGUGCUUGUUUCCAUCAACAAAGAUGCUCAAGGACUUUUACUACGAGAUUUUAUUUCAGGAAAAAGCGCAAGGUUUGAGGAACGAUCGGCUUCUACAGGAUGCAGCAAAGGGUCAUAUCGGAGUGUAGCGGUUCUACGAGAUGUGUGGAGUAAAAUUCACCAUGAUAUUGACUCUGGCAACGCGCAGACGGGCCCUUCCGAGGUCCCUGAAGAUGACCAGUUGGAAGAUCGCGUGAGACAGGCAAUUGAAGAUGCACUUCGUCAUACACGUACCCAAGUGGAAUGCCAAGACCAAACAGCUUUCUUCCUAAAGGAAAUUGUGAAGGUGGUAUCACACAACGGGGUUGUGCAAAACGGAGAUAGAGCGUGGCGAGGUGAUAAUCUGGUGGUUCUAGAAAAAAGAGAAUCCGGAGUGAAAUACGUGCAAUCACAAUUACCUAGCGCGGUAAACGCGCCCCCAAUGGCAACCACCGACCAACUAUUCCCCUAUACGAAAGUUCGCGUAGGCGACGCAGUACGCUUCCGCGGAAGCAGCACUACCUAUGAGCUGCUGCAUCUAGCGCCGAUCAGCAGAACUGGAUGCGUGUCUAAAUUGAGGCAGCAAAACGCAGAGAAUAUCGUAAUGACAAAGCAGCCACUCUUCAGAGCUUCAGGCUUCCAGCAGGGCGAACUCGUGCGUAAAACGUCAAGUGCCGAGGUCUACGAGUACAUGGGGACGUGUGGCGUCUACUUUGAGGUUAAAGGCUUUGUAACUGGCAUAUCCGAAUGGACAACUGAGGAUCUUAUGCCUCUUUGGGACCAACUGGAAAGCGCAUAUCCUCACAAUGAGCUGCAUCUUGACAUGGUUCUUAUUUUGAAUGAAUUUAUAGCCAAAAAGGGUUCCACUGUCAGUCGGUUGCACUUUGGAAAGGUGUUAUCUUUGCUGGAGAGCCACAAAGAACUGCUUAAAGAGGAUCAGGAAGCACUGCAGAAAGCGUUUGACUUGAGGGCAAACAAGGCCGCGUUUUAUCAGGCAAUAAACAAGGUUAAGGAACUUGCGGCUGCACUGGAGGCCAAGUUCAAGAGCAAGAUGAGUAACAACAUCCCCAUCGAAAACGAGAAAGCGUUAUUAUUUGCUUGGGGCAAAGCCAGUAUUGCGGCCCUGGAGGCCAUGUGGAGGGCAAGGAGCCUAUGGCGAAGUCUGCGUACAAUUCACGUAGAGCAUCUCACGAAUUUUUUUAGUGAAGUAUAUGGCUUUGGACAGAGGCCCGACCUAAGUGCAGCGAUGCAGGUAAUCAACAUUGACAGGCUGCGGCAGCUAGGCCAAGCUGCAAUAAAUGCUUUCCACGCCAGUGGUGGGGAAGCGCUGCAGCUGCCGUCCGUUUCUGAAGCUGUCGAGCCCUCAACUCUAUCUCGCAUUGAGUCCCCAGAAACCACACGUCCGGUGGAUGCGAAGACCCUCCUUCGAUUUUUAAACUAUGUGGGAGAGACGAUAAUUCCAAAAAAUAAGGCUUUGAGCAUCUGGGAAGAUUACGCCACUACAGUGCGAUACCGCCUUCAAGUAUUCUCAAAAGAGCAAGACGCAGUGGACGGCUACCGGAAGAAGCUUCGAGAGCAGUCCACCGAUCUUUCUGGGAGCACCCCUGCACUAUAUGUCUUAAUCUCUUCAUGGGCCGACAAGAUACUUCUCAAUAUGGCGGAGAAAAUCGGAUCUUUUAUGAGAAGAGAGCUAGGAAACGAGCUUUCUCUCGAGACGUUGGAAAAUAUAAUGCGGCCGCAAAUCUUUGAGGAACUCGUGAACAUUAGUAAACUGCAGUUCCAGAGCGAGAGUGACAAGGAGAAGGUCUUUGGAAGACUGUCGGCUUUACUGGCUGCUGAUAUAUCUCAGCUGCAGGAGAUUAGAAAUCCAGGAAGAGUUCCCAAGAGAGAAGUCCUUAUAGAUGCCUUGGCUCUCCUGCGCAUAAAGGGGAGAGAUGUAAAGAGACUCGAGGAGCGUUUCCGCCUCCAGUAUUCCCAGCUGUUGGAGAAGUACACGGAACAGCUGGUAUCUGAAAAGGUAAUUGACAUGGAGGGGGUGCUGGACAUCAUUGGUCAGCUAGAGAAAAUGCUGGGAUCCAUGGUUACUCCCCUGGUCGAUCGCGUCAUGGGCUUGGUACGCAAGGCACAGGGUGUCUUUUCAAGCCAGCAUGAUACAAACGAACACUUUCUCAUCGAUUUUAACGGUCUGGCAGAGUCGUUGGAAGCUGUAGACAAUAACGAAGUCGACCAGCAGGACGAAGCGGAAUCCCUAAUUCUUCAUUCGCGAGACUCACCGCUGCAUACCCCGCCGCCAAUGGAGGAAAUGUCUCCCUUGGUCAAGAUAUCAACCAGCUAUUUUGCAAAGUGCCUUGCUGCUGUUGGCACCGCUAGUUUUUUCUUGGUAGAGAAACUGACAAACUGGCUGAUUCCUGAUGCACUGAUAAACAUUCCUUUGAUCUUCUGGACGCCCAUAAGACAAGGAGCACUGGGCAUCGGCAUCCAGGCUGCCCUGGCAAACUUCAUUGGGCCCCAAGCAGAUGAAUACAUCAAACUGGUGCAAGACUCUAUCUGGGUUGCAGGAGUAGAGCCCUGGUUGGAUAGUCUAAGACUACAGGUGGCGUCCUUGGAUCGUUUCCUGAAGGGCAUGGAAAGAGGUAUCCAGUUGCCAGUCGACUGGUGGAAGCAGCUGCCCUUGUUGGUAUUUGUUAAGCAGACCUUAGAUGAUAUCAGGUCGUCUGUCUUUUACCCCAGCAACCUGCAUACAAUAUGGCACCUUAUCAAAGAUGCCACCAGCGCCUCGUCUGGCAUAUACAAACUCCUCAUGGCGCCAGUCAAGAACUUGGGUGCAUACGUGUACUUGCUUCUCGUUGAGCUUAUCAACAGUAUCCUUCCAGCUGAAAAUGGAGACUUUCUUGUGCCUCGUGAGGCUCUAAAUAAGCGGUCUGCACAACCGCUGCUGGAUAUUGCAGUAGCUAACCCCAAGGACCUCAUAAAAUAUCUUCAUCGCCUCCUUCAUGUUCUUUUAAAGGUAUACGUUCCGAUGCUCCGAGAGCUUUUCGAUACCGGGAUCCAAUUGGUGCUACGCAAGGUAGCCUACCAUGUGAAUGCACCAGGCACCGCCACUCUCGAGCUCUGGCGCUUCAUAAACCAAGCCGCUGGUUAUGAUCUAGAUGGAGAACUGGAAGACGCCAUGCGUGAAAUGUUUUUUAGGAUUGGAGAUGAGGUCCUCCGCAUGUGGCCCGCUAUGCCAGUGGGAGAUCCACAGCCCUGGCGCACAAUGUAA